AUGACCGUUAUGAUGACGAUGAUGAGCCGUGUGAUGUGUGUGUUGGCCGUUGUGCUGUGCUGCACCUGCGGGUAUACCAUGGCGGAUGCGUCCAGUGGAAAUCCUAACCCGUACGGUGAGAGAGAAGGUAGUCAUUGGGAAUGGGAUGAUUUUCUAAUGGCGAGAAGUACAAAUAAUGGGAAUAGGGGAAAGAAUCUUGCAGAGGAGUGUCCAAAGAAUGAUGCUGCUGUUGUAGAUGGAAUAAAGUGUUCGGAGUGGUUAAAAACUCACCAGCAAGAGCAAGUAACUAACCUUGGACAAAGUUCAGCACUCCGUGCAGAGGAUCAGAUCCCAAAGAGAGAGGGUGACCAAGAGGGGGACAUCAACCAACCUGGUGGUGCACGUAGCCCUGGUUUACCUGAAAUGCCAAAUGCAGCGGAAAAUGGACAAGGUCAACAACGUGAUGAAGAUACACUCGAAGAAGUAAAAGCUCGUGGAAGUCCAAAGCAAGAGGUUGAAUCAGAAGCCUCUGUAAGUGCUGAUGAAGCUAAAGGACGGAGUGCAGAAAGAACGUUGACAACAGAAAGGCAACGAGAAGAGUCCAAUGCAGCUGUACAUGGUAAUCAUGUAACACCGAGCAACACAUCUGAGAGCACUACAACUGUCAACUCAACUACCACUCAGCAUUCUCCUCAAGCUGCAGGUACGACUGCCACAACGGAAUCAGAAGAUACCUAUUCCACUACUAUUCAGCCGAGCCCCGCAAAUACUGUCAGUGAAGAAUCAACCGCGACUCCUUCUCGUGACUCUAGUCUUAACCAGCAAUCUCCUGCAACGGAUGAUGUGACUGCCGCAUCAGAAUCACCAGAAACAAAUACUACUACUCCACCGAGCACUGAGAACACUACCACAGAAGCACCAACCGCAACUCCAUCUCCUGUACCCAACACAGAGAUCAGCAGCACUAUUGCUUCCACCGUACACAAUAAGGCUAAUGUUGACAGCAGCAGUAUCAGUUCUGUGUGGAUGCGCACUGUAGCACCGCUACUGAUUGUGGUGUUAUUGUUCACCGCUACUGUGUACUGA